CCUCCUGAUCUCUCUCACCUGCUGCAUCAACAGUUUCCGUUUCCCGUCAGAUAGCGGUCAUAUUAGACCAUCAUGUCUCUCGCAUCAGGAGUUAGCAUCAACGAUGAGUGCAUCACUGCAUUCAACGACUUCCGCAUGAGCCGGGGAAAGACCAAGUUCAUCAUCUUCAAGAUCGCGGACAACCGCAAGGAGAUCGUCAUCGACGAGGUUUCUCAGGACGCCGACUACGAGGUCUUCCGCAGCAAGCUCGAGAACGCCAAGGACGACAAGGGCAAGCCUGCCCCCAGAUACGCUGUCUACGACGUCGAGUACGAGCUUGGUGGUGGUGAGGGCAAGAGGAACAAGAUCAUCUUCAUCUCCUGGGUUCCUAGCGACACUCCCACCUUCUGGUCCAUGCUGUACGCCAGUACCCGUGAGAACCUGAAGAACGCUCUCAACAUCCACACCUCCAUCCACGCCGACGACAAGGCCGACAUUGAAUGGAAGACGAUCCUGGGUGAGGCCAGCGGCGGUAAGGCUGGAAAAUAGAUGACUUGACCGACUCGAGUUCGGGAAAGGUGAAAAGAAAGGCUGGGAACUACAUUCGUACGGCAGAGAUGGCACGGCUGCCCGCGCACGACCAGACCAAUGACUUCUCUCCAUACAUAGCUUCAAUCUGAGAACAUUACGAUUGCCCUGUAUAUGGAGUCCUGCUCGAAAUGCAUCGAUGUACGAAGUCGCCAACCCAGCGACCCUCGCGGGCGUGUUUCACAGUCACCUGGAGGACCCUCUGCUGCCUUUUUUUGUAGCCGCAGCUGGCGGCGUCCUAUCGUAUCCAAUGGAAGCAGUAUCCUUUCCAUUGUUAUUCUUGUAUAUCGUGUACUCU